GCAGUCUCCGGGAAAUGGAGCUACUCUCGUUGGUUACGCGCGCGCAGCUCGUCGCACAACGAACGUACAAACGAUGAAUUGCGGCAGCAGGUAAAACGGGCCGAGGCAGCCCGCUGAGCGAAAUUGGAGCCGCUUUCGCGACGCUGGGGCUGCCAAAGGGAGAUGGUGCCGGUAAGGGCAAUCCUGUGGAGCAUGCUCCUCGCCACGGCGGCCGCGGACGGCACGAUCCGCCCCUACGGUGCGGCAAAGGCUGCCCCGCUGCCCCUGCGCAAGAACGCCGCCGAGGCGUCGACGCCGCACCCUAUUCAUGAAGAACGCCGCCUCAGCCACGGCGCGCCCCACUGCGUCCAGGACGGAGCCUUUGUGGAGGACGCCUGCGACUUAUGUUAUGGGGGCUGCGGCGCCUGCUGGGUCUACCUGAGCGAUUCCAAUGAAGUGGCUUGUGUCGACGAAUCGGUCCACGCGUCCUGGGACGGCAUGGCGACCUGUGUCAAUGAAGAUACCGUACCGAACCGCUCUACAAAAUGGUGCGGCGCGACGCCGGCGCCGACCUACUUGUACUGCGAGGACGGUUAUGUGGAAGAUUGCGAGGGAGGACACUGCUGCCCCGAGUCCUGGGUCGGGAACGGCGACUGCGACGACCACUACGAGUUCCUGCAGCAUUGUGAUUUAUCUUGCUACGAGGAGGACGGCGGCGACUGCGUCGAGACGCCGGAACCCACUUCUGUACCCUUCGAGGGCUGUUGUUUUUGGUCCUCGUCCGGCGAUAGUUGUGGAGACUGCGACCAGCCCGCUGCCAAUGUGGACUGGUGCUCGUUCUCGCGGAGCAACUGCGAGAGUUGUAGUAAUGCGGAGUGGUGCGGUUCCAGUGAUAUCGCGCCGCACGCGCCGGCGCCCUCCGUACGACCAACACCACAACCUUCGCCAAGACCUUCGCAACCGCAGCCGACGGACGCCCAGACCGUCGACGGUCGAGUGGUCUUGCCCGACGGCGUGAGUUGCGGUGGAGGGACCUGGCACCUGCCGCAGAGCUGCGAGACCUGCUCUGGAUAUAUUGACGGGCGCUUUAGUCCGCUGCAGAACUGCGUGUAUGGCGUCGGGACGAACGGCCGGUGGAAAUGCAAAAACGAAGGGUCGGGCGACAUCCUGGAGCUGGACAAUUCUUGUUUUGAGACGCCGGAGCCGUCGGCGGAGCCGACGUCGGGCCCGGCGCGCGAAUCAAAUUUUGCGUGGCGCCUCUCGACUCAUCUCCACGCGACUCGCGCCGGUCGCGACGGCGUGUUGGGGGGGUCCAGGCUGCCUCGACGCCAUCGAUGCGAUCCACGUAACGCAACUGAUGGUCCAUCGCACACAGGCCGGAGCCGUCCCCAGAACCGACGCCCGAGCCGACGACGAACAACGUCAUGACCGAUGCUAAUAUCCGGACGGCCGUGCACCACUGGCUCGACGAUUCAUCGAAGGCCGAACUUCUGUACGGCCACAUAAGCGACUGGGACACGUCUACCGUGACGGACUUUUCAUAUUUAUUCUGUGGAAAUAGUCAGUGGUCCGGCUGCCAUGGGAACGCGGGCGCCUUCGACGAACCGCUCAACGACUGGGACACGUCCGCCGUCACGUCGAUGGACCGCAUGUUCUAUUUAGCAUCAUCAUUUAACCAAGAUCUAGAUGGAUGGGACACGUCUUCCGUACUGACGAUGGAGGAGAUGUUCGUCGCCGCGUCGGCCUUCGACGGCCGUGUCAAUGGAUGGGACGUCUCGUCGGUGCGAGACAUGUCUUCGUUGUUCGAGAAGGCCUCGUCGUUCAACCAAGAGCUUAGUGGGUGGAACCCCGAGACGGCGACGUCCCUCCAAGCCAUGUUCUCUGGUGCUACGUCCUUCGACCAGAACAUCGAAGGGUGGGACGUCAGUUCCGUAACGACGACGCAAGAAAUGUUCUACAAUGCGGCAGCCUUCAACCGGCCUCUGAAUGACUGGUCCCUAAAUCAAGUCACGAAUAUGAUGGCCAUGUUCACGGAAGCGACGUCCUUCAACCAGGAUUUGAGUGAUUGGAGUCUCGACGGCGUCGCGGAUGCAUCGGACAUGUUCUGGGGCGCUACUGCGUUCGACCAAGAUCUGGGGUGGUGCAUUCCCGCCUAUACCGGUAUUGGGGGGCUGUUCGGGCAGACGAAGUGCUACAGUUAUGAUUGCGGCAUCGCGGGAAUCGCGGGUGCCAACGGCGAGUGCGAGACGCCGGAGCCUUCAGCAGAACCGACGCCGGAACCGGGCGACCCGACCGCUUCUCCAGUCUUCGCGCCGACGCCGCGGCCUUCUUCAGAGCCCUCCUCCGAGCCGACGCCGCGGCCGUCCUUACGCCCUUCAUCGAAGCCGACGCCGCGGCCCACAAACAAACCGAGUCGGCGGCCCACGCCCGCACCGUCGCCGCGCCCUACGCCUAGACCGACGCUCCGGCCGAGCCGGCGCCCGACGCCGUCGCCCUCUCCACAGCCCGGCGACCCCACGGCCGCGCCGGUCCUCGCGCCCUCUCCGAGGCCCACGCCGGCGCCGUCGCGACGGCCAACGCCGCGCCCGACGCGGAGGCCCACGCCUCGACCGUCGCCGUCGCCUUCGGCAAGACCGACGCGGCGCCCGACGCCCGCGCCGACGCCGGUGCCCGGCGACCCUACGGCGGCGCCCGUCUUCGCGCCGUCGCCGCGCCCGAGCGCUCGGCCGACGCCACGCCCUUCACCGGCCCCGACGCCGCGACCGAGCGUCCGGCCGACGCGCCGCCCGUCGCCGAUGCCCACGCCGCGACCUUCAUCAAAGCCGACGAGACGGCCAACACCGCGCCCGACGCCUGCGCCGACCUCGAAGCCCACGCCGCGCCCGUCGCCGCGCCCAUCGCCCCGGCCGACGCCUGUGCCAUCGCCGGCGCCGUCGCCAAAACCUACGUCGAGGCCUACCGCGAGCCCGACGCCGCGGCCCACCGCUCACCCCACGCCGCGGCCGACGCCAAUGCCGUCCAGCAAACCGACGCCGCGCCCGACGCCGACGCCGACCGCGACGCCCGGCAGCCCCACGGCCAGCCCGGUCUUCGCGCCGACGCCGCGGCCCACCUCGCGACCGACGCCGAUGCCGACUCGGAGACCAACUCCGAAGCCCACGCCGCGGCCCACGCCAAUUCCCACGCCUCUGCCGACGGCGAGGCCCAGCCGCCGGCCCACGCCGCUUCCAUCAAUGAGGCCGACCCCGGCGCCGAGUCCGCGGCCCACGCCGUCGCCGACGCCCGCGCCCACGCCGAGGCCGUCGCCGUCGCCCACCGCGACGCCCGGGAACCCGACGGCGGCGCCCGUCUUCGCGCCGACGCCGAAACCGACGCCCCGGCCGACGCCGGCGCCUUCAUCAAAGCCCACACUUGGUCCUACGACAACACCCUUCGAGGGCUGCUGCUUCUGGAGCUCGACCGACGACGUCUGCGCCUCCUGCGACGCGCCGGCGUCACAAACGGACUGGUGCUCCUUUUCUCGCGAUAACUGCGAGAGCUGCAGCAACGCUCAAUGGUGCGGCGCCAACGAUGUCGCCCCGCACGCUCCACUACCAACCCCGCGGCCGACGCCCGUGCCGACGAUCUCCGCCACGACCGUCGCGUCGUCGGCUUUGGUGCUCGAGGGCGUCUCCGCAGACGCUUUCACGGCCGCCGACGCGGCCGCCGUCAAGGCGGCGCUCGAGGCGGAACUAGUCGGUUCGAAAGUGACGGACGUGACCGCGGUGGCCGACGACACUGAAGCUUUAGAGGAAGCCAUCUCCUCGAAGAGCAUGCACCGGCGGCUGGCGGAGUCGUGCGUCGUUUCUUUUGUGGUCGAGGCGCCUGGCUCUGAUGGAAACGCUUUAUUAACCCGGUUGGCAGAUGCGGUCGCCUGCGACGACUUCUCUGAAAGGUUAGCAAACGACCCGCUGUACGCGGCCGUGGAUGUGGAAAGAUCCCAGACCUACAUCCGGGAGCGGUCCGAGGUGGCGGUCAUCGUGCCCGUGAACGAUGAUUCUACAGCCGAGGACCAAUCAUCCAGUACAAGAGAACCCUUCGACGCCGCUGGAGCUUCCGGCGGCGCCGCCGCCCUCUUCACGUUAAUCGUCGCCGCCGCCGUCGUCGUCCGACGGCGGCAACGCCAACGCAAGGUCUUCGCGCCCGCGACGGUCACGACGCUGCUGGACGACGUCGAGGCCGCCGAGGACGUCGUCGAGAUCAACAUCGACGGGGAGACGGCGACCGUCCCGACGCCGCCCGUGCACGUCGCGUCGCCGGACCAGGAACAAAGGGUGCGGAGCCUGUCGAAGGAGCCGACGACGCCCUCUGCGGCGCGCGGCUUCCUCGACUCGGCGCGCGGCUUCCUGUUCGAGACCUUUGCUCGCAGGCGGAAGGUCGAGCGCCUCUUGACCUUCGAGGAGGGCACGGCGUCGGUUCGAUGGCCGGGGUCGGAAGAUUUGGUGUGGAACGGUGGGCUCGCUUCUGCGUCGACGGGCUACUCCCUUGAUUGUUCGCCGGCCCAGCAGAUGGCGCUCGAGUUGGUGAAGGGGGCUCCCUUGGCACAACGGGCGUCGACGCUGCGGACGGCGCUCGACUCGCUACGAGUCUCUUGGGAGGUGGGACGCGUGCAAUUCACGGUUAGAAGAGACAAUUGUUUUGGGGACGCGAUUAGUGUGUUGGGGGAGCUACCUCCAGAAAAAUGGCGCCAGCCCUUCUUCGUGACGUUUCGGGGCGAGCCUGGUUUGGACGCGGGCGGCGUCUCGCGCGAGUUCUUCUACAAGGCUAUCAGUGAAUUAAUGGACCCGGCGAAGGGCGUCUUUCGCACUGUCGAAGGCAGUACCUAUUAUCCGAACGACGACUUCGUCGUGGCCGAUGCGUUGCAGGGUUCGGAAGAGCGCGUCCUCACCUUCGCGGGCAGACUGCUCGGAAAAGCGUUACUGGAAGGCCACCACGUCCCUUCAGGAUUCAAUGGUGUCUUGCUCAAGCACCUUCUCUCCUUACCGGUGUCGCUGACGGAGGAUCUGCGGUUGCUCGACGCCGAGGUCGCGCGGUCCUUGGAGCUCAUCAGUGCGAUGAACGACUCUCAACUCGGCGACCUGGCGCUGACCUUUUCCGUCGCGCGACCUACGCUAAACGGCGUCCACGACAUCAGUUUGAGGGGAGAUGGUUGCGAGGAGGUCACGGAGGGCAACGUGAAAGAAUUUGCGAGACUAAGAGCCACAGCUGACCUAGGGGGGCAGCAGACCUCGACUAUCGGUGCCUUAGUAAGGGGCUUCCGCGACGUCGUGCCUGGAGCUGCGUUACUCCUCCUGGAGUCGCCCGAGGAAUUACGGGAAGCGUUAGCUGGUGUAGAAAACAUAGAUGAAAACGAGUGGCGCCGCGAGACGAGGUUGAGAGGAGCGUUCAAGGACGCGCCUUCUCAUAAGGUCGUGGAGUGGUUCUGGGCGUACGUGGCUUCCCUCUCCCACACAAAGAAGGCGGAGCUGCUCCGGUGGGCCACGGGGUCCGCGCGAUGCCCCUUAGGUGGGUUCGCGAAGUUGCACGGGCGGGACGGCGUGUUGAGGCCCUUCACGCUGACGUCGGUGGAGCUGGCGCAGUGCGCGUACCCGCGCGCGCAUACGUGCUUCAACCGCAUCGACCUGCCGCUGUUUUCGUGUCAGCGCGAUUUGAUCGACGCGUUCGCGGUCGCGCUGGACCCGCGGCACGCCGAGGCGUUUUCUAUGGACUAAUGUAUAUAUAAGCGUA